AUGGCUGAACCAUCGGAAACAUCGUCAGGAAGUAUUAAAAACAAUUCAAGUUUAAUAACAACAAUUCAACCAACUACAAAAUUAGGUGGUCGUGGUACGCCACGUCGUAAAACACGUCGUCCUAAUACCAACAAUCAUUCAGCAGUAGUUGCUGCACGUACCUUAGAAAAUAAAUUAAAAUCAUUUCGUACACAAUUUCAAUUAUUUGAUCAACAAGAAUUAUGUGAUGUUAGUAUUCUAUAUGAAGAUGGCCAUAUUGACAUACAACAACAGGUACAAGUACAUUCAACAUGGCCAAUGACACUACAUGAAAUCGAUUCUUCUGAAACCAGUAUACAAACAUAUCACAUUAAUGAUCUUGAUUUGACAUCUUGUUCCUAUUUGCUUGGUAAUCUGGAAACUUUACAACAUGAGUUCUAUAGACAAUCAAUACCAUCAACAACAACAACAACAACAGCAGCAGCAGUACCAUUAAUAACAACCCCAAUACCAACACCAUCAGCAGUAAGUAUAUCAAACUAUGUGAACAACUUACAACAAUGUCAAUUUUAUUCUCAACCAUCGCAUAAUUAUAUGAAUUAUGUUGGUUAUCAACAUAAUCCCUAUGCAGCUAAUGCUUAUGAGAGUUUUUCAAAUGAUAUUCGUCAAAUUUAUGGUAAUAUUAAUAAAAAAUCUGAUGAAGAAAAAGAUGAACAAAAUCCAACAAUAACAAAAUCAAAAAGAAGAAGACGUCGUCAUAAGCAUAGUAAAAUAAAACCUGAACAAUCAUCAUUAGUUACACCUGAAGGAGACGAGAUGGUUAUUGAUAAACCAGUUGAGCAAUCAUCAUUAGUUAUAUCUAACGAAGACGAGAUGGUCAUUGAUAAGCCAGUGGAACAGUCAUCAUCAGUUAUACCUCAAGAAGACGAGAUGGUCAUUGAUAAACCAGCUGAACAUCUCGAGAAUGAAAAUAUUACAACGAAACAAACAAAAAGUAAACGACGCAGAAUACGAAAGUCAAAAAAAUCUCUUACAUUAUCUUCAAUUACCGGUGCACAAGAACUAACUUCUGUUAUUAUUGAACAACCUGAAACAAAUUCAUCUUAUUUAAUCAAUGAAAAAAUCAAUGAAGAUACUUUAUCAUCAUCAACGCCUACUCAACAAACGGAGCAACAUUCUUCAUCUAUUGAGCUUAUGAAACAGCAACCAUUAACGUCGAUGAAGAGUGUCAUGCAUGGGAAUAAAAAUCUUUCCACUAAGCACGUUGCGAACGUUCUACAAAGCGGCGAAAAGAAAAAAAAAGAAAAAGAAAAAAAGGAACUACAACCAACAAAUACUUCAACAAGAACUACUAACAUUAUUGUCGAUGAUGUUACUCCAACGGUUCCUACUCAUACUAGUACUACUAGUACGAAUAUUGUCGACAUAAAUAAAACGGAUGAUAAAAAUAAGAACAUCACAUUGCCUACUGUCGACAAUACACCCAUCAUUAAUACGUCUAAAAAUCAGAGUCCACCAGUGAUAAUUAUCACGGAUGAUGACAAUAAGAAAUUAGAUAAAAAUAUUUCAAUUAAACGAAAAAAAAGAAAAAAAACUAAUGUUAAUGAUCAACAACAAAUAAUAUCAUUAAAUAGUCAACAACAAUCAUUAUCGGAUCAUACUCCGAAAGCCAUUACAAUACAUACAUUGGACAAUAGCAAUACAUCUUUUUCUAAUAAAAACCUUAAUAUGAGUGUUAAAAACGGCGAUUCAUCGUCUAUAUCAAGAGAAAAAAGUUCAAAAUCAAGUGAUGCGCAAACAAUAGUUCAGCCAUCGUUUGAUAAAGGACAAAAAAAAUCAUUAGAAGACAAUUCAAAAUCAACUAUCACAACAGAUAGUUCUCAACAUUUACCAGCAACAUUAAAUAAAAUAUCCGUUGGUGAAAUUUUAUUAACCGAUAAACAUGAAGAACAACAUCGUCAUGCAAUAUUACCUUCUUCAUCAUCUAAGACUAAUCAUGUUACUGAAAAUUUAACAACAACAAAUAAAGAACAAUCAAAAUUAAACUUAGGUGAAACAAUACGUAAUUCAACACAUUUAUUACAAACUGAUAAUGAUAAUAUAAAACCAACAAAACAUUUAAAUCCUGAUGCACCAGAUUUUAAACCAACUCAUUUAACAUCAACAUAUCGUUCAGAAUUAGCACCAAUGCAUUUACAAAGACAUGCAAUACAUGCCGAUCCUCAAAAAAAUCGGCAUUCACGUAUACGUUAUUAUUCCGAUACAUAUCAGCUUCCUGAAUCGUUAAUAACUUCAACAAACACAUCAACUAUAAGACCAUUAUUAUCAGUUGUACCACAAUAUAUUCCACAAUAUCGACAAUCAUUUAGUGCUCUAACACCAUUAUUAUCAUCAACAAAUUCAUGGUGGCCACAAGAAUAUAGUCAUACGUUAUGUUCAGCAUCAUCAUAUUGUCCAAAGCCAGCUUAUCAGCUUUAUACACCAUUAAUGCCAAAACAACAACAACAACAACAACAACAACAACUACUACAACCACUACAACAACAUUUAACUGAUGAAAAUCAAAGUUUACAUCACCAACAGAAAAAUAAAUAUCCAUCAAAACGAAUACGUACUUAUUCAGGUCGACCUUUUGUUCAACACAUUCAAAUAGAAACUGGUCGAAUACGUUCAUAUUCAGGUCCUGAAACAUCUUUACAAUCAUCAUCUGCACAUCUUGAUGGUAUUCAUUCUUUAACAAGAAUUAUGGUUGAUAUAUUACGAGGAAUUAAUAGUAAAAAAUCAGAAGAACAAAAACACAAACAUGAAAUAAUAUCAUCUUUAAAUUUGAAUUCAUAUUCAUUAGCUAUGAAUAAAUAUCAACAGCCUUCAUAUCAGUAUAUUACACAAAGCUUACAACAAGAAGAACAACAUCAGAAAUCUAGUGAAGCAAAAAAUGACCUUGCUAAUGAAAACAAGUCUACGAAAGCUCCGCCGUUAUUGCCAUUAUCGGUCGAUAAAGCAGCAGUUUUGUCUGAUGAGAAUGAAAUCUUGUCGACAAAUCUUAAUGAUGAUCAACAAAAACAAAUAUACCCAUUGAUUUCGAAUGAUACAAAUGAAAAAACUACAAUAAAUACCGAUUCAACAUUUUCUAUAAGUAAUAAACAAUUUUAUGAUACCCCCAAAGAAGAAGAGUCUAUAAAAUCAAUGUCUAAUAUUGUUCCAGGUACGCCUGCUGUUCGAGCAGUUAAUUGA